UGUAUUAAGCCAAUUUUAUUAAAGUUCAAACCAAAAAUUUCGUGCGUACAAUGAACCGUUUUGAGUCGACUCAGUAAAUCAUCUGUUGGUGAUUUUCUGAUUCACCUUAGAAGAAGAAGAAACAAAUGUUUACAGAUUUUGUGAAUUGCUAUAGUGAUUCAUUUAUAUUAAAGAAAUAAAAAUAUUUUAUGUGAGAGAUGGCAAAAAAUACUUCUAGUUCGGCAUUCCGGAAAAUCGAUGUUGAUCAAUACAAUGAGGAUAACUUUAAAGAAGACGAAGCAGACACCGCUGUUUCGGGUCCUGAUGAAAAUGAAAUUACUGCUUUGCUGACUCAAGGCAAAUCCGUAGAAGCUUUAAUUACGGUUUUGCAAAAUGCCCCAUUGCGAUGCAAGCAACAGCAUGUUAAGGACCACGCCCUCACUUUAACAAUAAAUGUACUGCUCUCUAUAAAAUCGUCGCAAAUUGACCAAGCUGUUGAAGCUUUAGAACAAAACGAUCUUUUAGAUGUUUUAAUGAAGUACAUAUAUCGUGGAUUUGAAAUACCUUCGGAAGGUUCUAGCGGUCACUUGCUGCAAUGGCAUGAGAAAGUAUUUGCCAAAGGGGGGGUAGGUUGUAUUGUUCGUGUACUGUCCGAUAGAAAUCGUGCUUAGAUAUCCUCUUGAGUAAUUAUAAAUUUACGUAUUUAUAAAGUUUCGAUAGAAAGUUAUUCUUUAAGAGUCUUGCAAAUGUUAUCUAAGCCAACAACCGGUUUGAAAUCUUUAGAAAAAUUACUUUAUACAUGUUUAUAUACAAAAAUUAAAACAAACAUCUUCCUCCUUCUAAUAAAACAUCCCGGAAAUUAUAUUUGUUUUUACGCAAAUGUUAGAUACUAUUGGAUAUUAUUUUGCUGCAUUGCGGCGUUGGAAACGCAUUUUUGAAUGAAUUUUUAAAUAACCUUAAUAUGUACAUGCGUAAUGUCUUAGAAUGGUGCUUAGGGUACGUCGACGGAGGAACUUUUGAUUUUAUCUAUAUUGUGAAUUGUGGAAAUGUUAAUUAAUUAAUUAGUUUUAUUUGUGAAUUUAAAUUUCUGAAGCGUAUUUAAAAUAUGUACGACGGAUCAACUUA